AUGCUACUGGUCGGCGCAAAGAAGUCGCAGCGCCUCGAGGAGAUUGGCGAGGACAGCGUCUCCCUCCUGCCCACCGAGCCCGAGGACAUGUGGCACGCCAACAACCUCAUCUCCCCCGAAGACAUUCUGCGCGCCCAUGCUAUCCGCAAGGUCACCAAGGAGUCCUCCACCGGCAGCACCUCCACCGAGCGCGUCCACACCGAACUGACCAUCCGCGUCACCUCCACCUUCUUCGAUCCUGCCGCCUCCAGUCUGCACGUCAGUGGCCGCGUUGUCUCCGAGAAUGCCUUCGUCAGCGCCGGCCAGUACCACACCCUCGACCUCGAGCUCAACCGCCCCUUCACUCUUUGGAAGAAGUAUGGCUGGGACUCGGUCGCUCUCGAAACCCUGCGUGACGCCCUCAACCAGGACAAGGACGGCGCCGUCGCCGCAGUCGUCAUGCACGAAGGCCUAGCCAACAUAUGUCUCAUCACAGAGUUCCAAACCCUACUCAAGCAGAGGGUCGAGAGCUCCGUCCCCAAAAAGCGCUCCGCUGCCUCCGACCAGGACUCGGGCAUGAGGCGCUUCUUCGACAAGACCCUGUCUACCCUUCUCCGCGCGGUCGACUUCUCAAAACCCCGCCCCCUCCUCCUCGCGAGCCCCGGCUUCGUCGCCGCCGACUUCAAGAAGUACAUCGCCGAUGAGGCCGCCAGGCUGGCAGACAAGAGGUUGGCCUCCCUGGCCAAGGAUGCCGUGGUCACACAUAGUAGUAGUGGACAUCUGCACUCCUUAAACGAGGUUCUCAAGAACCCCGAGGUCUUGGCCCUCAUGAAGGACAAGAAGUCCGCCUCGGAGACCAAGUACAUGGACGAGUUCUUCGACCGCUUACGCAAGGAUGACGGGCGCGCAUGGUACGGUGUCCAGCCGGUCGAGAAGGCGGUGCUGGAAGGGGCCGUGGGUAGGGGAGGAGGCGUGCUGCUGGUCAACAAUAACCUCUUCAGAAGUCUGGACAUUGCCACACGCAAGCGAUACGUGGCGCUUGUCGACAAGGUCAAGGAGAACGGUGGCGAGGCGAGGAUACUGAGUAGUGAUCACGAGAGCGGCCAGAGGCUGGAGGCACUGGGAGGCAUCGCCGCCAUACUCACCUACCCUAUCCUCGACUUGGACGAGGACGCUGAAGAGGAACAAGACGAAGAAGCGGAUGGCCAAGCUGGAGAUACGGCAGUCAUAUGA